AUGGCAGCCAGGAUUUCACGUCACCUGCCAUUGCUCAACCGCCGUGGCUGGGCUAGCUUACCCUCCCACGCGACCCCUCGCCUUGUGAACACCAGUGCCCGUUGCGGCUUGGUGACGUCGCGCAACACCCGGAACCUCGCGCCCUGGACAGGCCGCGCAACACCAGCGAAAAGCGUGGCCGUGCCAUUGCGAUAUGCGCAUACAGAUGCUAGCUCGUCGGGAAGGCCAAAGGCCGUCAUUGCGGACGCGACCACGUUCAAAGGAUCCAACAUCACCGAGAAGCAUUGGACGAGCCAGAAUUUGCCAGUUGCGGACCCCUUAAUUGAACCGCAAGCUGUCUUGCAUUUCCUUGAAUUCAUCACGUCGGGUAUUCUACCAAAUGGCAAGAAAACCGCUCUGCCUUUGCUGAACCCCGAUGAAUUCCCUCUAUUCUUGACCCCGAGCUCGCAAUGGGCGCCGGCGCCUUUCAACAAAGAUGAGACCCUCUCAUCCGUGCAAAAGGCCAUAAAGCGUAUCACGGAUGCAGAAGAAGUGACCGGACUGUGCCUUGUUGGUCAGAACAUUCAGUUCAUCAAAAAUCGUCUCUGGGGAGGCCUCGCCCCUGUGCCCGCAUCUCGAUGGCACGAAAAGGACCUGAACAACCCGGACCACUUCGCAAUUGCUCAGGAAUAUCUGACCUCGGUCAUUGCCGUCUUUGAAUACCUCAACAACCCUCAAAUCCGGUCUAACAUGCGCGACACCUUCAACAAGAUCUCUGGUGACUUCGGAGAAAUGCAGGAAGCCCUGAAUGCCCAGCGUAAAGCUGCAGGUGGCGUCUCUCCCGACCUCAACCUAACCGCCCUGUGGGAAGAAUACAUCCGCUCCGUCUACGAAGUAAUGACCACCACCGCACACAGCUGGAUCCUAGCCCGAGUCACCGAACUCCGCGCCCGCACCCUAAACAGCUUCAGCGAAAUCACAGCCAAGCCCAACGCCGAAGAAUCCCCCGAAAUGGCCAUCUUCUCGCAGCGCUGGAGCGAGCUUCUGUCCGUGACUUCGAUGGCUGACUUUAACAUCUGGAUUUCCAUGGAGGGGUACAACGGCUUCAAGACGCCCACCUCGAUCGUCGCCGGCCUGCACAAUCCCGAUCUCCAGAAUCAAGCUACCAACUCCGGCUUCUCGGAACUCUUGCUUGAACGUCUUGGUCAGUGUAUUAAGCGUCAGAACGAGGCUGCUGGUGUUUCAGGCGAAGGCGCGAUCGAUAAUGACGCGGCUCGCCGUGAACGUCUUUCGAUUAGCACACUCGUUCAGGAUGAAAUACGUGAAAAGAUUCGUGGGCCGAAACCCUCGCCCCGGCCACCUGUGCAGCCUUGGAUCCAACAACAUCUUCGCGCUUAUGAGAUGCUAUCGAGCGGGUUGCAGCCUGGGCAGGAACCCGGCUUUGGGUUUGGAUUGGCGAUUUACCGUGCAGCGCAUAGAAAUGUCUCCGAUGAACAGUGGAACAAACUGAAGCAGGAUUUGGAAACUCAAUUCUCGGCAUGGGGUGAGGAGGUCGAGCGUGCCGAUGAGCUUAAGCCUCUUCUGAAGUUGCAUUGGUUCGAUUGCAAGGAAUUGGGCUUCGACGCGGCUAACUCCAUAACUGAAGCGAGAAGCCACUUCCAACAAAUCCGCACCUCAGAAGAAUGGAGCCGUAAAAUCGCACCAUCCUUCUUCCUAGCCAUCGACCCCAUGGCCGUAGGCUCAUACACCGACGAGAACUUCCACCCAACCCCCACCAAGGACGAAGUACUCCUGAAAGGAGAUUUCCAGGGCCACGUCCUCGCCAUUGACGCAGACUUCGAAGCUCCUGCCCCGACCGAUGCGAGCAAGGAAGCAGACCCCACGAAAUAUACCGGCCAAAUGCGCGUUCUGGGAAAUCUAGUCUGGAGCGAGAUUUACCCUAUGCUCAUGCUUCAAUCUGCCAAUCUUGAGACUCUUAAUAUGCGGGCCCGUGAUCAUCCGAUGAAGGUUUAUACGGGUCCUACGGUGCCGAGUCAGGUUGCGCCUUGGAAGGAGAGGAUUGCUAUGAAUGGUGCUAUGAUGGAUAGUUUUGUGGAUUAUUUGAAGGAGAAGAAUCCCGAUCUUGCGGGGAAGGUUGAGGGGAUGAAGGGGCAGGGGAUUCUUUGA